GCUACGGUAACCUGGGUAACAUCACCCCGAAAACGAUGGGGGGUGAGUCUCCACGCCAACGGGGGGACCGGAGAGUGGUUGUGCCUUCUCCCCCUCAGCAAUUGAACGUAAGAUUUCCGAUACCACCUGAAGGCAGCAUCAGCGUGAUUCGCUUGCGAGCCAAUGGGGGUGAUGAUUUUUUCAAGAUGACCAAUCAACGACACCUACGUCUUACGAAGGCAAGUGAGUCAAACGGCCCGCCCUUACGUCGUUCAUUGAAGAAGAAGAAGAGGGACGGUCUGAGUAUACUAUUCUCACAAGAAAUUCAAUCAUGUCGACUAAACUUUGCAAGCUUUUUGUCGGCGGACUGAACGUGGAGACUACAGAAGAUGGCGUCCGCAAGUAUUUCGAGCAGUUCGGCACGAUCAACGACUGCGUUGUGGUCAUGAACCAGCAGCUCGGACGGUCCCGCUGUUUCGGCUUUAUCACCUACUCAACGCCGGAGGAGGCCGACGCAGCAAUGGCGGCUAACCCACAUGUCGUUGAAGGCCACGAUGUGGAACUGAAAAGGGCCAUAGCACGAGAGGACGCGAACAACCCGGACAUCCUCGCCAAUGUCAAGAAAAUAUUCGUCGGCGGUGUGAAAGACCACAUCGAGGCGGACAACUUGACGGAGUACUUCUCCCAGUUCGGCGUGGUGGAGAAGGCCGAGAUCAUCUCUGACAAGCAGACCGGCAGGAAGAGAGGCUUCGGCUUUGUCUUCUUCGAGGACACGGACUCCGCCACCAAAGCGGUGCUGACCAAAUACCACACCAUCAACGGCAACAAGGUGGAAGUAAAGAAAGCUCUAACCAAGCAGGAGAUGUCCACCGGUGGCCGAGGAGGAAGAGGUCGUGGAAGAGGAAUGUAUAACUAUGGCGGCGGAAGAGGAGGUGGCGGCUACGCAGGAGGCUACGGCGGCAAUUACGGAGGCGGCUACGGCUCUGGCGGGGGUUACAACGGCGGUGGAGGAGGCUACGGGGGAUACGGAGGGGGAUAUGAAGAAUACGACAACCAGAUGGGGGGUGGGUACAGUAAUGGUGACUUUGGGGACGGCUAUGGACAGCAGCAUUCAAAUUAUGGUGCAGUGAAGGGGGGCAACUAUUCCUACAGGAGCGGGGCUCCAUACAACAGAGGCGGCGGUGGCGGCGGCUACGGCAGGGGUGGUGGAUUUAGCGGCGGUUAUUAGUGGCUCCCUCAAGUUUUUUGAGAUGUUCAUGGGGAAAAUUGAUUACAACAAACUUGAAUUUACAUACACACACGCACACACACAAUACAAGCCCAGUUGGGGUGAGGGGUCGGUUGAAGGGAGCAGUGCCCAUCACCCAAGCGGAAUGAAUGAGACUGUCCUCUGGAUCCUGGCUCCCCCCACCCGGACCCCAUCUGUCCUCUUAUUCCACACAUUAUGUACUUUACUACUAAGAAUUGUGAAUUAUUGAAUUGUACUUUUGUUCUGUUUGGGAAAGACUUGUUUUCAACCAUUUGUAAAGACGUAAUCAAUGUCGGUCACUGCUUCUCAACUCAACAAAUUGAGUUUGUUUGUCUUGCAAACCAGCCAGAUGUGUCUGUUAUUUUUGCAUCAUGAACUCAGGGUUUUAAGUAAAGUUGGUGGCAGUGUCGGGCAGCAUGGGACUCGAUUGCUUGAGUUUCUUGAUCUUAAACGCACGUGGCAAAGUGUUUUUUUUUUUUUUUUUUUGUUCUUUUUGGAGAAAUGUCAUGGACUGUUGUCAGUUGUAAAUUACUUUUUUCCACUUCUCCCGUCCCAUUACAGGCCUUGGUUUAGAUUAAAACGUUUGAAACCCAUGUGUUCAGUUCACCCCUAUGUCUAUUCUGCUUUUAUUAAAGUUUUUAAUGUUUUGAAAAUCUA